AUGUCGGUCAAAGGAACGAGAUUGACGAUCGGCAAAGCAUCGCUGGCUGUAGGUGCCGGUCUCUUAGGCCUGAGCCUGAUGAGCGUGAUGACGGCCGACGACGGGCCGCCGGACGCCGUCCUCGCGGAGAUGCAGUCAACGACUAAGGAGCUCGCCGAGAAGGUGGGCGGCGCGGUCGCGGGCGCGGCCGCGGCCGUCUUGGACUCCGCGAGGUCGUCACUGGGCGGCGUGCUGGAACUCGCCCCGAAGAAGACCAGGACGGGCAAACACAAGAAGAAGAUCAAGUCAAAGUCCGCGGUGAAAAAGGCGCGCAAGAGGGAGGCAAAGGCUGCGGCUUCGGCGGCGGCGGUGGCGGCCGCGCCCGCGACGCCGCCCAAGAGAAAGACGCCCCCCGCGCGCGAGGAGCCAACCGCGGCGGAUGCAGCGGCGCUGCCAGCCUUUGCGGUCGGCGCGCGCGUCGAGGCGAAGUGGGGCUGGCAGUGGUCCCGCGCCGUCAUCGACCGGGUGAACGACGACGGGACCUACGACGUCGAGUGGGUCGACGAGCCCGACGUGUUCAACACUGUCGCGUCGGCCGACGUGCGCGCGGUGGUCGGCGACGUACCUGCGCCAGCUGCACUACCGCCGGCUGCCGUUCUGGCCGAGCCAGCGCACCCCAAGAGGAAGAAGAAGAAGAAGAAGAAGAAGAAGAAGAAGCUGGCCAAGUUCGCCAGCCUCAGCGAGGCCGCCGCGCCGCCCGCGGCGGCGGCGCCGCCCGCAGCGCCAUCGGCGCCGCCCGCUGCGAGCAACGACGACGACGACAAGCAACCGGUCGCGCCGGACGACCUAUUUGAGAGAGAGAACGACGACUUCAUGGCCGCGGCAGCCUUCGAGGCAACCGAUCACCCAGAAAUCCCGGAAAACGGCGUUGAGUACGACGAGAGACUCAUCGCGAGACUGAACACCCAACUCAAGGGUGUAGAAUUUGUCGACGACGGCGAGCGGUGGCGCGUCCUAAAGGUCAGCUUCGACGCCGAGCACGAUGAGCCGGUCUGUUUCUACCAUGACGCGAAGUUUGGCGACAAGGGCACUAUUGAUGAUUGCGAGUACUCGGCCGUCGACGAGGUCCAGGGCUGGAUCGAAGAACACAGGAGACGCCUCAAGGCCAAGGCGGCGCGCCAAGCAGCGGAGCUCAGCGAGGCCGUGCUGCCAAAGAAGCGCCGUGUUAUUAGUGAUGACGACUUCUCGUCGUUCGCGGCAUCAAUCGGCGACGACGACGACGCGCUGUCCGCGCAGCGGCGCGCGCCGGCGCCCUCGCCCGCGCCCGCGCCGCGGCAACGCACGGUGCCGAAAAAGAAGAAGAAGGACGCGCUCAAGGUGACCCGGGUCGGGGCGGCGACGAUCCCGCGGCGGUGGCCGGCGCCGGCGCCGCGGCCGGUACCGCCGCGCGGCCCCAAAAAGCGGUUCAAGAGCACAAACCUGCCGCGGCCCUCCGCACUGGACCUGAUGCGCGCGACAAUUCUGGGGCCGCCGCGCGCGGCGCCGCCGAUGCUGCAGCCCGUACAACGGGCGGCAGAACCGCCGCCGGGUUGGCGGCAGGCGAAGGCUGCGGCGGUGGCGGUGGCGGUGGCGGCCGCGCCCGCGACGCCGCCCAAGAGAAAGACGCCCCCCGCGCGCGAGGAGGCAACCGCGGCGGAUGCAGCGGCGCUGCCAGCCUUUGCGGUCGGCGCGCGCGUCGAGGCGAAGUGGGGCUGGCAGUGGUCCCGCGCCGUCAUCGACCGGGUGAACGACGACGGGACCUACGACGUCGAGUGGGUCGACGAGCCCGACGUGUUCAACACUGUCGCUGCGGCCGACGUGCGCGUGGCGGUCGGCGACGCGCCCGCGCCCCCUCCCCAAGCCGCGUCCGCGCCCGAGGAGGAGACUCCGCCCGCGGCAGCCGCCGUGGGCAACGAGGGGGAGGAACAUGCCGAGAGCGUGCGGUGGCUGCUGGAUGGCGCCGCGCCCAAAGUCGUCGCGGAGAUGCUGCUCGUCAACGCGUGCUUCGAGAUCGCGUUCGCCCAGGCGAACCCGAAUCGCCCGGAGUCGGCGAGCUACACGCGCUACGAGGCCUACAAGAAGGCCAAGUGCGGAGCGGACGUCAUCGCGCUGGGCGGCAGCAAGAGCGACGUGCUGCACAACUACAAGAAGGGCUUCCUGCGCGUCGUGAAGUGCCCGGCCAUGAUCGGCUACGACCUCGACCGCGACGCCGUGUCCUCGGAGCGGGAGGAGGAGGGGGAGGAGGACGCGCCGCCGGAACCAACGAUGCUGGCGCGGCGCACCGCGCGCCGCGCCCAGAAGCGGGAGCUGUUCGUGGCCGAGUCAGCGACCGUCGACAACAAGAGGGCCAAACGCGUGGCCUGCGAGUGAGUGCCGCUCCCACCG